AAAACUAUAGUUUAUCAAGAUGACUAAAGGAAAACUACGUCAUCCACGUGCGCUUUUCCAGAUAUCAAAGGUGUUAUGGCAUCUGGACAUAUUUCGUCGAAGUUUUCGAGACUUAUCCGGUCAUGCUUGUAUGGCUGAGUCAUGUAUAUUUUGUGCAUUAAAGGAAUUAUUUUCACAAUUACAAUUCUCCCAGGAAAGUGCAUUGCCUCCAGAUGCAUUACGACGCGCCUUAGGUGAAAGUUUCUUCGACCAACAGAAGUUUCAAUUAGGUUUUAUGGACGAUGCUGCUGAAUGUUUUGAGAAUAUAUUACAACGAAUCCAUAUGCAUAUUGCACAUGGCGAAGCGGAGGAUAUGUGUAAUGCAAGACAUUGUAUACCACAUCAAAAGUUUGCGAUGACGCUUGUGGAACAAAGUGUUUGCGGUGCUUGUGGUGCUACAUCUGAACCAUUGCCAUUUACUCAGAUGGUGCAUUACGUGUCGGCAUCAGCAUUAACUGCUCAAGCCCGCCAAAAUACUCAAGGUCCAACAGACAUGUUUGGCCAACUUCUUAGAAAAGCCGGUGGUAUGGGUGACAUUAGAGAAUGUCCGAGUGCUUGCGGUGCCAAAAUACAAAUAUGUCGAACGUUAAUGAACCGACCCGAAAUAGUUUCAAUUGGUGUAGUAUGGGAUUCAGAGCGGCCAAACCUUGAACAUAUUAUGGAUGUUUUUGCUACAGUGGGUACAACCCUUCGGUUAAGCGAUGUAUUUCACAGUGUUGUCGAUACGAGAUGGGGUGCUACAAAUACCCAUCAAUUAGUUGGUGUUGUCACCUAUUAUGGAAAACAUUAUUCCACAUUUUUCUUCCAUACAAAAUUACGGGUAUGGAUUUAUUUUGAUGAUGCAACUGUUCGAGAAAUUGGUCCCAGAUGGGAUCAAGUUGUGGAAAAAUGUCGACGUGGACGAUAUCAACCAUUAUUGUUAUUAUACGCGAAUCCUGGAGGUACUCCAGUAUGUACGGAAACUGCUCCAAAAACAAUAACACCUUUACAUGCGGAUCGAACACCUAGCAUGAAACCACCAUUAUCACAGCCAAUUAUUCGACGAUCGAUUACACCAAGCCCAGAAAAGCCGAAUAUAAAUAAUAUGCGACGUGCUAUCACUCCCAAUCCAGACGCACCAUUAUAUAAUCAACAAAGACCGUUACGACCACAAAACGAUUACCAGAAUUUAGCCGUAAUUCAAGAUAAUAUUCAUGCGGUUCAAAAUUCUGGAAUGAAUGGUGAUCAAGAACCGAAUUAUAUUAGUCGAAAAACUGUCGAAAAUGUUUUAAGUGCACAAAAUGCUAAAAAACAUUUACAAGUACAUCGAAGUCUUAGUGCUGGUUCAUCGUCGAUUGCAUCCGAUGGACUUAAUGUUCCAGAUCAUUUGAAUAUUCCACGACGUCGAGACUCAGGUAACUGGAGUGGAGAUCGAAACAGUGCAUCGUCUUCCUCAUCCACAACAAUGGAGAAUCCCUACUUGUAUUUAGUGGGAAAAAUUCAACAUCGAAAUUCAGGCAGUGUUCCAGGUAGCCCAACCAGAGUAAAACCUGGGGAACAUUCGAGUGUUAGUAGUGGAAUUUAUGAUGCUGGAUAUGAUUCGUAUUCGCUGAGUUCCACUGAUAGUUUACCAAUUCAACAAGGAUUGAAACAUAAUUUACAAUUAGCACAAAUACCAGAAGUUCGAGAUCACUCCCGAAAUGGCGUUGGAGAUGAUUGCGAAAAAUUAUGUGUCGAAGCUGAUCAAUUGUUAGAUAAAUCACGACAAACCGAAGACGCACAUGAUUUAGAAACUGCGUUAGUUCUGUGCAAUGCUGCCGCGUCUAAAGCUCGAGCUGCAAUGGACGCACCGUACAAUAAUCCCCAAACAAUGACUUUUGCUCGAAUGAAACAUAAUACUUGUAUUAUGCGAGCUAGAAGCUUACAUAGAAGAAUGCUUCAAGAAAAAGGAAUGAUUGAAGGGAACCUUGAUAUCAGGCAUACCAGAGAAGGAAGCAGUGGAAGUGGUCGCCACUCACGACAAAAUUCACGCGAUAAAGGUAAUCAUUCGCGACAAAAUAGUAAAGAAUUAUUAGUUGCGCCAACACCAGUUGUAGAAAAAGCUCCAACCCCAAGUAAAAAUAUUGAAAUAUAUGCAACUCUCCCUAAAAAGAAGGGAGGAAUGUUUAAGAAACUUUCAGCUACAAAUGUGAUCGAAGAUGAAGAAUAUAUGUUAUACGAUAGACCACCACGAGAAUCACGAAGUAUUUUCUCUAGAUCGAAAACAAAGGACGAAGAAAAAGAGAAAGUCGUUCGUGAAAAACGAUCACGAAGUGAAGAUCGAAGUAAAGUUUUAAGCGAUUUAUCACUUUCCGCAUCAGAAAUGUUUAAGAAAGAUAAGAAGGAAGAAAAAGAGGAUAAAAAAGAUGGUAAAACGGGUAAAAAACAACAUAAAAUUCGCCGAAAAUUAUUAAUGGGGGGUUUAAUUAAACGAAAAAAUCGUAGCAUGCCGGAUCUCACAGAAGGCAAUACAGAAGUAUCAAAAGUUGUGGAUCCAGUUAGUACAACCGUGGAUGAUAGUAGUGUUGGAUUAAAAGGCACAGAAAAAACAGCCACCAUGUGUGGUUACCUAUCAGAAGGUCACUUGGAAUUUGCCGGUUCACCUACUGGUUGCAAUACUAACCCUAAUUUAGAACGUAGUAAAUUAAUGCGGAAGAGUUUUCAUAGUAGUGCAGGAAAAAUUUUAACAGCUGCUAAAGUGCCACCUCCUCCACCAUUAAGGACAACUUCCCAACUUAGCGGGUCUAAGUUGCAUGACGAAGUUAAUCAGACUAACAAACUAACACAAUAUCACGAUUAUUAUUAUCAUAAUAAUCAAAAUCAAAAUUAUAAUCAAAAUCAAAAUCAUACCACGGAACCACAAUCGUUACCCUAUAUGCCAUCGUAUAAUGGAUAUAAUCCGGCGAAUAAUUAUCCGCAACGUGGUGGUCCUCAAUACUACAACGAAAGUACUUUAUAUGACACCGUAAAUCAAAAUCCUUGCAAUAAUAUGAUUAUUACAAAAGCUGAUGUUCACCAAGAACAGAGUCCGAUGAAAUCUGAUUCGUACAACACACCAAUCGAUAGUGGAGUUGAUGAGGUUGACUGUGUAAUGCCAAGUGUUAGCCUCGAAUUACCUCCAUAUCCAAGUCCGCUUAAUUCUGUUUCACAUUCAAGACAACCAAGUGAAGAUUUUCCACCACCACCUCCUCCAUUAGAUCUCAGUGCUUUGGAAGAACACUUACAAGGUGUUGAUACAGGAAAAUCAACACCCGAACCAUUAGCUGCUCCAGCACCAAGCACCUUCCUUUUACAAUUACAACAAAAGAGAAAACAAAUCUUAACUGAAGAAACAGAAUUUAAACAUGAAAAGGUUGAAUCAACUGAACGAUCCUCUGGUGAUGUUUGGUUAAAAGAAUUACAAGCGAAACAAGCAGUUUUACGUUUAAAACGCAAUCAAUCGGAAGCUGCUCAAAAAUCAAAUGGAUCUUUGAAUGGUAGUUGCCAAUCACUUUUAAGUAAUGACUCAGAUAACUCGAAAGCGGCAUCUGUUAAAGAUUUAGCAUCUCGCUUCGAACAAAUACGUCUUCCGUCCAAACAAGCUGAUGCAAGUAUAAAACGAACGCCAUCUACGAAUAGUAUUUCGAAUGAUGAUCAAAUGAAUGCGAUUACUAGCGAUCAAAUACAACAGGAAAUUCGUGAAGUUGAAAUGUUGAACGCGGUUGUUGCACAAACAUUUACUGCAUCCUCAAAUGAAUUAGGUGAUUCAUCCGAUAGUGAUUCGAAACAAAGACCGAAACGCACGAAGAAGAAGAGUGUAUCAUUCUGUGAUCAAGUAAUAUUAGUUGCAACUGCAGAGGAACAAGAAGAUGACAGUUACAUUCCAAAUCCAAUUUUGGAACGUGUUUUACGAUCUGCUUUUAAUAAACCUGAAACUGAAGCUAUUGAACAGGAAAUUAGAAGUUUACGAGAAGCAGAACUUCGAAAAGAAAAUGCUGCAAAAGAACAAAUUACAAAUUUAAAUCCUUCAGUUGAAGAUAAAAUUGAUUCGAUUAUAAUGCAAAAUGCUGUUGCUACACCAAGUAUGCCAUCACCACCGAUUUCUUUCGUACGAACCGAUGCUAGUGGUAAAUUAAUGCAAGUCAAUAAUGCUGAAAAUAAUCCAGGAUUUCAACGACAAGGAAGUAAAGAACUUUUAUGCCCAACUCAACCAAUGUACAAUAAAGUUCCACCAAACUUGCAAUAUGGAUCAUCACCGAAUCAAAGUAUUUUGCCAAACAAAUUCCCACAACCUGGGCCUGCAACACAUCAAGCAAGAAUACAAAAUCUCGCACAAUCACGACAAAUCCCACAAAAUGGUGCAAUUACUUCGAAUCCACAAAACUCUUAUCAUGCUAACCAAAAUCAUUCAAGUUCAUAUCAACAAAUUCCUUCCACUCAAAAUCAACAAAGUCCUUAUCAGUUAAUUCCGUCCAGCCAAAAUCAACAAAGCUCUUAUCAACAAAUUCCAUCCAAUCCAAAUCAACAAAAUAUUCCGUCCACUCAAAAUCAACAAAGUCCUUAUCAACCAAUUCCGUCCUCUCAAAAUCAACAAAGUCCUUAUCAACCAAUUCCUUCCAAUCAGCAUAGUCCUUACCAACAAAUACCAUCGUCUCAAAAUCAACAAAGCUCUUAUCAACAAAAUCCGUCAAUGCAAAAUCAACAAAGCUCUUAUCAGCAAAUUUCUUCGGCUCAAAGUCAACAAAACUCUUAUCAACAAGUUCCAUCGUCUCAAAAUAUGCAAAGCUCUUAUCAACCGGUUCCAUCCUCUCAAAAUCAACAAAGCUCUUAUCAACAAAUUCCUUCCAAUGCAAGUCAUUUACAUUCAAAUCAUUUGCAAACUAAUCAAAUGCGGCAAUCUCCGAGUGGGUUCCAUUAUCAACAAUCUGAAUAUAAUCAAAAUGGUAAUGGUCCAAUCAAUGGCUACCACAAUGGUUAUCCAAAUAAUGGACCACAAAGCAACAAUAAUAGUGCUGUAAAUGGAUAUCCAAAUCAUCCAACAACUUACCCACAAAAUGGUAACAUCACAUCACCGGGCGUGCAAACAAAUUAUCCUUCGCAUCACGCAGGAUAUAACUCAUCGUCUCCAUCAUACACCGCACAAAGCGUACAAAACUACCCAGAAAACGCACAAAAUAUGCAACAAUAUCGACAGCACAAUCAACAAACUAAUCAAUCUGCCCCAGUUUAUCAACAUCCUCCCCCACCUGGCUCCAACUUUAAUGGACAAUAUCACCCUAACUAUGUACAAAAAGCUAUGACUCGUCAUCCAAAUAAUCAUCCACAAACAGUAUUAAAUGGUGCCCAAAAAUCAUCUCCACAAGGUGUUUACCAACGUGUUCCAGAAAACGCAAAUCAUUCAGUUUAUCAACGAUUACCGCAUCACGAAACAUCUCCACAAAAUGGUAGUGUUUAUCAAAAAUUACCUGAUCAUCCCCAGAACCAAUCCCCUUAUCAACGUGUUCCCCAACCUCACGACACACAAAUCCCAGCGAAUUCUCCAUACCAACGUGUUCCACCACCUCAUCCGGAUAAUGUGCCAAAUUCCCUAUACCAAACCGUUCCACAAAAACAAUUCGAUCCAAUGUACCCUCAAAAUCAAUCCAAUAAACUACCAUAUCAACAAAUAUCAAAAUCAAUGUUGGCUGCACAAAAAAAAUCUGUACAUUUUGAGCCAGGUACAAAAGGUGGAGCAGAAUCACCGAGCCCACCCAAAAAUGGUUUAACAAAUGGGAACGUUCCACAAAAUGAGAAUGUUUUAAAAACUGUACCGUGUAAUUUAUGUCGUAAGAAACAAGUGUUGCCACCUUUAACGUAUUGUAGUGAUUGUGAUUUUUAUAUGUCUAGAUUUCGACCGCGACAUUAAAAGUUUUAUAGUUUUGUAACUGCGAUAAUUAUUGAUACGGGCGUCAUAAAGUUUGGAAACAAUUGACAAUUGAAUUGCGGUCUUGAUUUACAUAGAUCUGUGAUUUUUAAUGAUGAGAAAUAAUA